GUUAGUGAGUGGUACAACAUCACUGGUGUCCUUUCAGGGUGGGCCAGACGGUUCGAUGCCCGCAGAGGGUUGUUUCACAGUGCUGCGAAUGCUGGAGCACAGGGUGCCAAAGACAAAUGUAUUGUCCACACCAUGGGCAAUGGCAACAUCCAGCUCAACUUGUGGUUCCCAACAGAAGAGGGGCUUCAACGAUUUGAUGCUGCUCUGGCUGUCAGUGCAGAGGUGUUUGGCAACCAUACCAUGAAAUUAGAGAGGAAGAAGGCACCACCUCCCACACCAGACCUUGCAGCUGUCUUCGCUUUGGACUACACCAAGGAUAAGGAUAGCCCGCAGCCAUACGCUACGUCAAAUUCAGGUGCUGGGGCAACCAUGGCGUCUGGUUUGCGCAAAAAGUUGCAGAACCAGCGGGUGGCCAUAACUGACGAGAUGACGUACAAGAACAUGCACAUCAUUCCAGCCGCCCUUUUAGGAGACGGCCGCAAGCUUGCUUGCAGAUGGCUGUAUCUGGCUGGCAGUGGAGAAUUCCACGACUGGUUUGAUGGUCCUCAAACAGCUCCACACAUCAAGGUGACAAUCGACAAGGAAACCCCUUCAAUGUAUGCGGGCGAAACAGAGUUCACUUUAAAGGUGGACACCUCAAGGGUUGGUUCCAUGGCAACCAUCACCAAACCGGUCUUGGCAGUAGACUCACCAGAUGGCACAGGCAAUGUGACAACAGUACACAUUCCGUCAGUUCAAGCUGACAACUUCAGAUUCGCCCUUAACUGGCGUGCCAGCUGUUUCGACGAGGCCUGGAAGAGAAAUGCAGCAGACCUGCCAGUGAACACCAAUGAUGCAGGAGGACAUGGAUGGUGGCACUGUGUGGACCUCGGUGAAGACCUCCUCUCAGCCAUUGAGGCUGCCAAAGUAUCUCUCGAAGAAGGUACUGACGAGGCAUGGUGA